AUGAGCUGCCCCGAAUCUCAGAAGACAGGGAAGAAUGCUGAUUCCUCUCCAAAACAAGUUAUCUUCAAGAAAAGCACCCGUGACAAAGCUCUGACCAUCUACCUGGGAAAGCGUGACUUCAUUGACAACAUAGGGAGCGUGGAACCUGUAGAUGGUGUUGUAUUGGUGGAUCCCACAAUGAUCAAGGGGAAAAAAGGUUUGAGGUUUUAUGCAAUACAGGUUUUAGUUUGCUCGUCCUCUUUUCAAUCUGCUGCAUGCCUUACCUGCCUGUGUUUCCUUCCAGUGUACGUGAGUCUGACCUGUGCUUUCCGGUAUGGCCAGGAGGACAUUGAUGUGAUCGGCCUCACCUUCCGGAGAGACCUGUUCUUCUCUAGGGUGCAGGUGUACCCACCUGAAAACAAGCCAGAGUCUCUCUCCCACUUGCAGGAAUCUCUGCUAAAGAAGCUGGGGAAAAAUGCUUACCCCUUUUUCUUUACAUUCCCAGAUUACCUGCCUUGUUCAGUCUGUUUGCAGCCUUCACCUCGUGAUGUUGAUAAGAGCUGUGGGGUGGACUUCGAGGUGAAAGCUUUUUCAACAGAGAAUUUGGAAGAGAGAAUUCAUAAGAGGAACUCCGCACGGCUGUUGAUCCGUAAAGUGCAGUUUGCUCCAGAAGAGCCAGGACCCCAGCCUUGUGCAGAGACCACGUGGCAGUUCUUCAUGUCCAACAAGCCACUGCACCUGAAAGCUUGCCUCAGUAAAGAGGUGUACUACCAUGGUGAGCCCAUUCCAGUCACCGUCAUGGUCACCAACAGCACAGAGAAAACAGUGAAGAAGAUCAAAGUCCAAGUGGAGCAGGUUGCCAACGUGGUUCUGUACUCCAGUGACUUCUACACAAAAGUGGUAGCUGCUGAGGAAGCGCCGGAAAAGGUGCAGCCAAACAGCAGCCUGACAACAACACUGACGGUUUUGCCCUUGCUGGCAAACAACCGGCAGACCCGGGAAAUAGCCCUGGAUGGCAAGCUAAAGGAUGAGGAUACCAACUUGGCUUCUAGCACCAUUAUUAAGGAUGGAAUAGACAAGACAGUGAUGGGGAUUCUGGUUUCCUACAAGGUCAGAGUGAAGCUCACUGUUUCAGGCCUGCUGGGAGACUUCACCUCCAGUGAAGUGAGCACAGAGCUGCCAUUUCGUCUCAUGCACCCCAAACCUGAGGAAAAGAACCCAGCAGGUCAGUUACACCUCAUUUUUGCCUUCUUUUGUUGUUGUUAUUGUUGUAUUGUCCUACAUGAAUUAUUACUACUACAAGGCUUGCAGUGAUUUAGCCUCUAGGGGACUACUGUGUGCAUCUGUGUGAACCUCAAGGCACAAGGGAACAGGGAGAAGGGAUGCUGAGAUGGAAGAAGGCAGAACUGGGUCAUGUUUCCUUUCUUUCAUCUGUAGAAUCACAACUGAAAGCACAGGGACUUGAGGGAGCACUGCACAGUUAAAUUUCAUGACCACUGGGUUCUGAGUGCAGCUGUCAACAAUUUCUAGCCAGAUUACUGUGCAGCAAGCAAG